CACCACCAUCCCUCCUCCUUCAUCAUCCCCACACACAGCAUGAGUCUUCUUCAAGGCGUUCUGCGCACGCAAACCCUGGAGUCGCUGGACAAGCAGCUCGGGGCACAUUCGGAAUCAAACAACGGGCGCACGCACCCUAACGGUGACCGGGAUGAAGACGACGACGAGCUAGUCAACGUCGUAUCUCUCCCCGGUACCCCCGUGCAGUCCAGGCCAACAUCUCGUCCUGGCUCCCGCCCGCAGUCCCCCACCCGGAGAGGUGCACGUCCGAGCCCUCUCCAGCCCAUGACCGCCCAGAAGACAGUCUCGAGGGACCCAUUGCGAGCACUACCCACGGAUGUGUCCCAGCGCAUCUUCUCGCAGCUCUCUAUCCGUGAUCUCUCCCGGUGCUCGCGAGUCUCAAAGAAGUGGAACAAGAGCCAGACGUUAAACUAUGUCUGGUUCCAACAUUAUCGGAAGGAGAACUUCCAUGACGAGAGCUUGCCUCCUGGCAAGUGGACGAAGCGCGAGUCUAAGCAGAACUGGCGCACCGUCUUCCUCGGAAGCGUACCUACCCGUGACCCUCCGAGCCUUUCUCGCUCAGGCUAUGAGUCCCCUCGCUCCGGCCAGCAAACUCCUCGCGAGAUGCGGGAGGAGAAGUGGAAGCAGGACGCCGAGGCCACUGCGAAACCCAACAAGGUCGAGAUGCGCGAGAUGUACAAGGAACUCGGCGGGAGGAAGGCCCGAGGCAAGGGCAAACUCGGCGGUACUGGCGGGAUGCGCGACCGCGGCGGUUGGGGAGAAGGCGACGAGUUCUAAGACACAGGCCUUUCGCCGUCCUCGUUCGUCCAAAGAGACGAUGUAACGCCAAAUUAUGACCUCGCCAGGAACUGUAGCUUGGAUUCGGAUGCGUAUUGUAAAGUAUUCCUAUCUGCCCUUGUAGAAUUAGAAGUAUGUAAAGAUGGCCACCAUACAGCGAAAGAUAUCGCGCAAUGUAGACGUACUCUCUCUUUCCC